AUGAACGCACGCAGCAUAGCAUUCGAAAUGUCCAUGGAGGGUAGGCAAGUGGACGAGGUGGUGGCUAGCAUUUUCCACACGGUGCUAUUCCAUCGAUCAAGUGGUAAAUUCACAUACACCAAUGAGGAGAGUUACUCUAUAAGAACCGUCAGCUAUGUGGAUGUGGACUGCGACUUCAUAGACUUCACCUACGUCUGCUGUGAAUCAGAAGCUUUAGGGAGGAUCGUGAAACGUGACAUAUCAGAUUUCUCUGAACGUCUCCGCGGUUCAGACGGCUCUUCACCACCACGAGGGUCGAUUUCAUUGGAGUUCUUCCAGAAGCGACGAGCUAGAUGGCCGUUCCAGCCGGAAUGCGUUCCUUGGGAGGUCUGGACGGUCUGCUGUGAACUGACCGAGGCUCGAAACGAACAAGACAUGCACACUAAACACGAGGGCGUAGUAGAAAUGCUGCAAGAUAAGAUAGUGUUUAUAACUGAGAUCAUAAAUCGUCAUGAAUACGUGCCUAAGAUGCCGAGCCGGUCAGACGCUGACCUAAUCUUUGACACGACUUACUCAGAUAUACAGCCUUAUCUGUUCAAAAUACACUACAACCUAUCCGGAGCCCCGCCAACCUCUGUCGGUAAUACAGUCCGUAAAUUAAUUCGCGACACUCUAUCCUUGUGA